CUUCACCGUUCCGCCUGGGUUUCCUUUAUGAGCCCGGGAUCUUCCUCCUCUCUCAUCAGACAUCAACCAGCCACGCAAGCGAGCACACACACCAAGUCCAAGUCCCUGCAGCCGCACACAGGGACCACCCACAGCUGGCAUCCACAUACCAUAAAUCGGACCCGAAGACGAAAUCCACAACAAGACCCCAGCGGGAUCUAAGUAAAAAAAAGGACGACUCGAAUCCUCACAGAGACACCAUUUGGUAGCCGCCAGCAUGUCCGAAGUAUUGCCAUACAACGAGGGGAAGAUGAGCGGCUAUGGGGCGGACAGCGAGGUCAGCCAGAUGUCCUUUAGCUGCGGACUGCAGGACACAAACGCCUUUUUUGCCGGCUCGCAGGCUAAAAGACCUCCGAAGCUCGGCCAGAUCGGCAGAGCCAAGCGAGUGGUGAUCGAGGACGACCGAAUAGACGAGGUUCUGAAGGGCAUGACAGACAAGUCGUCACCCGGCGUCUAAGACCACAAUGAUGCCUUGCAGACUUUUUUCAUUUUGAUCACCGAUUUGAAGCACUUGUCGGCUGUGCAUGUUGGGAGGAUUGCAGGAGGUGACAGCACACGGAGUGAAGAUGGCAUGGAAGAUGGUGGAGGGAAAGAAAGGAUGGAGGAGGAGUGGAGCGACUGGUCAUGGGAUAUUGUUGGCAAUCCUCCAAGCAAGUCGUGAUUUUUUUUUUCUUUUAAAGAGGAAGAAGAAACCAUGCGAGAUGUCGAGACGGCGGCUCUCGGGUUGUCAACCUGUACUGACUUUCUAUUCAUGGUGAUGGAUGAACUUGUCAUUAACUCCUUUCUCCUUGCUCCAAAUGCGCUGUACACAAGCAAAAACAAGCAGAGGGAGGAUGGCGCUUAAUGUUGUACAGUAGGCUCAGCUUGCAAAACCGCCCCACUUCCUCCUUCCUUUUUAGAUGGUGCAUUCAGGGGAGCUGUCCUUUCAGCACCGGUCCAAUGCAUUCCUGUUGCUGCUCUACUGCUUUGUGAUCCCAACCCCCCUCCAAACAGACCAAGUCAAGUCUACUAACUGAAGGAGACCAGAUUGUAUGUAAAACAUAUACAUAUAUAUAUAUACAUAUAUAUAUCUGAGGACGGUACAAUGUUGAUAUUUUCUGUAGUGGAACCCUACUUGUUUUGGCCCGUUAUAAAGAGCAUUAAGCUAUAUUGUCUUUCUAGCUUUGGCCAUCAGUGGUUAAAGUUGCAGGUUGGUUCCUUCAUGUAGCUCAUGUAAACCUGCACAUAUCUACCAAAUUGUGGAGCUUAAAGAAAAUAUCUAAACUAACAGUCCAAAUACUAUACUUUCUAUACGUUGGAUUAUUCGUGUUUUACUUCAUGCAUGAAUUUUCACUCCGGUGCCAAUAUAGGUGCCACCACUCUUACCCGGGCACGCUUGUUUUUAACAAAAAAAAAAAAGAGUCAUAUUUGUAUUUUUAUAUCUAAAUAUUUGUUAUUUAAAUGAUAUGCUAGUCUAUGGUCUUACAAUUCAUCAACAAAAAAGUUUCUACUUCAGAGGACAUGACGGAACGAGGCCAGGUGUAUUUUCUCGACUGCUCUCGUUCGAUUAUCAGAGCUCGGAGGUUUUUUAAAGACUAACUGAAUGUGUCUGGGUUUUUUGCACACAUCAAUGUUCACCUAUUAGUAAGAAAUCGUAUACUGUGACUUGAGCUUCGUUGAUGAAUUUGUUAGAAAAUGGCAGUUUUAGAGUACGUUGCACUGUUUACGAGUAUCCUCAAAUAACACGUUGUUAUUUGACCGAUUUUCAGCAUUACAGUUUGUUUUUUGUUUUUUUUAUUAAGUUGGUUUAUUUUGUACCAUCAUUUUAAAGAAACUGGAUAUGGUUUGUUGUGCAUGAAACCUUAAUAUUUUCAAUAACGGAACAUUGUUUUAUGAAGCAAAAAAAAAGCAACAAAAAUGUCAUGACAUUCUAAGAAUGAGUCAUUGUAUAUUAUGAUGCCAUUUUCACUGUAUUUGGUGAACUAAUAAAUGGUGAAAGAA